UAUUGUUCUUGUUGGAAUUUUUUAUAUGACCCGAUCAAAAAGCAUUCAUAGGCCAAACUUGCCAUUGGGAGAAUAUAGAUUUGUAUUUCACACAAUGCAUCCUUGUGAAACUACACAAGAUUUAAAGUUAAAAAUGAAUUUAUAUUUAAGUAAAAAAACAAGAAAUAUUACGGAAGUGAAAGGGAAUUUAACAUUCCUAACACCUUUAGACGAUUCAUUAAUAUUUGACUAUAACCUAUCUUCUUGGAGCUUAACCGGAGGUUGGAAACCAAACUCUUUUGUUUACAUAGUUAAUAUGGCUUGUUCAAAAAUGAAGGCUAUCUUGGGAAAUUGUUGGACUUCAUUACAAAAGGCUUUUAAAAUCCCAACCGGAAACUGUCCUGUACCAUCGGGUAUAUAUACAACAGCAGGAUUAGAUAUUAAAGCUAUUGCAGAUGACAACAAAUUUCCCAAAAUUUUCUAUUAUGGAAAAUAUAAAUUAGUGGCUAAAUUGAGAAACAAAGAAAAUAAACUACUUGGCUGCCUAUCUGCUGAAUUUGAUCUUGUAAGACCAUGGGAAGUGCCUACGAAUUGAAACUUCUGCCUAUACGCAUGCUUAUAAUAUCUAAUUUUAAACUAUUUUAUGUUGUGCAAUGGAAUACAUUUAUAUCACAAUUCACAAUAUGUUAAUUUUUAGCACACGGUAGUUACAGUCACAAUCAUAUUUUGUGGUUUGAUCUCUAUAAUUAUAACUUAACCUAUCAAUUUUUUUGUAUUUUAUAUCAUAGUUUAGUAGCUUAACAUUAUAUGUUUGUGGUUUAUAUUGUCUGCGCAUAUCUUAAUUAUUAAUU